UCCCCUCUCUGGGCCUCCGUGUCCUCACAUGUAAAGCAGCCUGGGCCUGGGCGUCUUCUGCGUCACUUGGACAACUUUGCCGGCCCAGCACAGAGUGAUGAAAAGCGCCAGCUCGGGCAGGAUGUGCGGGGUGAGAUGCCCGGGACAAUGGCACAGCUCAGGAAGCCUUUGUUGGGUCGACUGGGCGGAUCCCGCAUGUUUCGGGUUCCUCGGAGAUGUCAGAGCGGGUGCCUCGGGGCGUGACUACUCGGGAGUGGUGGGUUCGGGUCCUGGCAGCGUCCGGGGGCCGCGGCCAGGGCCUUGGUCUCCCGGUCCGUGGCGCAGGAACUGGUGCUCCUACGUGGUGACCCGUACUGUCUCCUGCCACGUGCAGAAUGGCACCUACCUCCAGCGGGUGCUGCAGAACUGCCCGUGGCCCAUGGGCUGCCCUGGGAGCAGCUACAGAACUGUGGUGAGGCCCACGUACAAAGUGAUGUACAAGACAGUGACUGCCCGCGAAUGGAGGUGCUGCCCUGGACACUCGGGGGUGACCUGUGAGGAAGGCUCCCCUGGCUUCCCGGAGCCCACAUGGCCAGGAAGCACCAUGCGGCGGAUGGCAGUGCGGCCCACAGCAUUCUCAGGUUGUCUCAACUGCAGCAGAGUGUCUGAGCUGACCGAGAGGCUGAAGGCGCUGGAGGCCAAGGUGGCUGUUCUGAGUGUCACAGAGCAGACAGUGUCCUCGAUCCCAGCUCCCCCUGAGGACUCUGCCCUGCUUUGGGGAUCCCCAGCUACCCAGGGCAGCCCUGGAGAUGGAGACCUGCAGGACAGAGUUGAUCCUUGGGAGCUGCCUGGGCCCACUGGCCCCAAGGGAGACUCUGACAGCCAGGGCUCAGUGAGGAUGAGAGGCCCACCAGGUCCACAGGGACCCCCAGGACGCCCUGGCCAGACCGGAGCUGCAGGCAUUCCUGGAGAGAUGGGCCCUCCCGGCCCUCCCGGCCCUCCUGGGCCCCCAGGCCCUCCAGCCCCUGCUGGGCCACCCCAUGCCCAUAUCUCCCUGCAUGGAGAUCCAUUUCUGUCUAAUACCUUCACCGAGACUGGCAGCCACUGGCCCCAGGGACCGACGGGGCCCCCAGGCCCUCCGGGCCCCCCAGGGCCCAUGGGUCCUCCUGGACUUCCUGGCCCCGCGGGUGCCCCUGGGAGUCCUGGACACAUGGGGACCCCAGGCCCUUCUGGACCCAAAGGAAGCUCUGGCCACCCGGGAGAGAAGGGUGAGAGGGGACUGCCUGGGGAACCUGGCCCCCAAGGGCUAAUGGGGUUGCAGGGAGAACCUGGCCCCAAAGGAGACCCUGGAGAGAAGAGCCACUGGGGGGAGGGGUUGCACCAACUACGCGAGGCUUUGAAGAUUUUAGCUGAGAGGGUUUUAAUCUUGGAAACAAUGAUUGGGCUCUAUGAACCAGAGCUGGGAUCCGGGGUAGGCCCUGAUGGCACGGGUACCCCCAGCCUCCUUCGAGGCAAGAGGGGAGGACACCCAACCAACUACCAGAUCGUGACCCCCAGAAGACGCAACGAGAGGAGCUGAGGAUGGUGGUGGCUCUUCCUCCCCCAGCCUGGACUUGGCCAGCUGCCUCCAGAGACUGCCAGUUCCUAUUUAUUAAUAUCCUCAGGGACCCCUGUGCCAUCUUGGCCUUAGGGGUAGGCAGGCAGGUCUCAGUGAUGUCAGUCUAUACUUGACAGACUAGGCAGGGACUAGUCCUGAGGGGAAGCCUCCUCAGAAGUCAGGCCUCACUUGCACCUGGUCUAUUUCCCUGUGACGUGGGGUGAAAAGGCCUUAAAGGGCAACAGUGGAGGCUCAAGGCUUCCAGUGUUCCGACGUAGGGCCGGGGACUCUGCCUGGCCCCGCAGACAUGUCAGGAUGGGGGCACAAGUCCCAGUUCCCCCCCUCCUUAACACCUUGGGGAGUCCCGUUUCCUGGUGCUGAUUCCCACCUGAGUCCAGGCUGCUUAAUCCCUGACUGAAUGGUUGGUGCUUCUUACUCAGUUCUACCCAAGCCCCCACCUCCCGUGUCCCAGGUGGGGACGGGGUGUGCAGAAGGGACCCCCACUCCAGGUAUCUGCUGCAGAUGCAUGGAUUGCUAUGUACUGGACAAUAAAUGUCCCUGCCUGACCCA